AUGGACCCAAUUCGACUGGAGUUCAAACUUUUGGACUCAGCAGGACUUGAGUACCACCGUUGGGUCGCUGAUGUGGGAACUACCUUCGCUGCAAAGGAUUUCACCUCCACUAUCAAGCCAUCUGCGGACCCUGCUCCGACAACUGAGAAAGACAUAGCUAAUGCUCUUAUGUUCCUCAAGAGGCACAUCGAUCCUAACCUUCGUUGGGGUUAUCAUCACUUGAAGACACCAAAAGAGUUAUGGGAUGCUCUCGAUAGCCGUUUUGGGAACAUUCAUGAUUCCUUAAUACCACGAUUGAACGUCUUGUGGAACGAAAUCCGCUUUCUCGAUUACGUAAAAGUGAAUGAUUUCCAAAAAGACAUGCUGCAAAUUCAGGCACGUAUGGACUUUUGUGGAAAGAAACUUACUGAUGAGGAAAUGAUUCAGAAAACCUUAUUGACCUUUCCUACCUCGUCCAUGAUACUAGCAAACCAGUAUCGUUUGGAGAGUUGUCGGAAAAAAAAGAAAGUUCCCGAAGCUAACCAUGGAAAUGUCAAUAAAUGGAAGGACCCUAAAGGAAAGAGAGCUCGACAUUCGGAUUCACAUCCCCAUGAUCCAUACCCACGUGAAGAUAACACCUCUCGUGGAAGAGGACGUAAGGGACAUAAUCGAGGUCGAGGGAGAAAUGGUCAUUCUCAUGAUUGGCAUAGAGAAGGAACUUCUAGCCAUAGUGGUAGUGAUCCUAAGAUCGAGAAAACCCCUGUGAAUCCCGCCACUAAAAAGGCUGCAGAUGGAAGUGCGCCUUGUUUUAAGUGUAGAUUCACCGGACAUUGGUACAAGCAUUGCAAGGCUAGCGCCAAUGUAGCUGCGAGCUAUAAAAAGUACCGGGAAGCUACCAAACAAGAGGCUAACUACGCAAAAGAAAAUAUUGUUACCCAUGACGUUAACCUCACAGUCUCAGAUUUCCUGGGAAACGGGGACUUUUCCCCAACAAUGGAUGUGCCUGACUUUUCCUGGGCCUAA